AUGAAAAGCGCCUUAGAACAAUUAGAGAAAGAAAACAUUAUUGAGCGCGUUCCCGAAGAUGAGCCGGACCCUAUGGGUAUCCAGCCAAUUGUUGGCGUACCCAAGAAAGAUGGCGGGGUUCGCAUCUGCGUGGAUAUGCGAGCUGCAAACGAGGCCAUCAAGCGAGUACGCCAUCCCAUACCCACAGUCGAAUAUAUCAUUUUCGAGUUGAACGGUGCGACAUGUUUCUCGAAGUUAGACCUCUCCCAAGCCUAUCAUCAGCUUGAAGUCGACGAAGCAAGUCGUUAUAUAACUACGUUCAGUGCUCAUGUCGGUCUGUUCCGGUAUAAACGGCUUAAUUAUGGGACAAACGCAGCUGCCGAGAUAUUCCAAUAUACCUUGCAGACACAUGCAGCUUCGAGGCCUUACUGGGGUAAAGAAUAUCGCUGA